AUGUUCUUCCAUGGCUUCGACAGCUAUCUCCACUACGCGUUCCCCGAAGACGAAUUACGUGCCCUGACAUGCGGCCCUCUUGUUCGCGACGAGAAGAACCCGGAAAAUAAUGAUGUGCUGGGGAAUUAUUCCUUGACCUUGAUUGACAGCUUAUCGACGUUGGCUAUCCUGUCCUCGAGCCCGGACAGUGGGGAGCGAGCCUUGGCGCAUUUCCAGGAUGGUGUCGAGAGCUUUGUUAAGCUGUAUGGCGAUGGCUCGGACGGCCCUGCUGGUCAGGGUGAGAGGUCAAGGGGAUUUGAUCUGGAUAGCAAGGUACAGUUGUUUGAAACUGUGAUCCGGGGACUGGGUGGAUUGCUCAGCGCCCAUCUUUUCGCCGUCGGCGAGCUACCCAUCACCGGAUAUGAGCCAUCGGAACGGGACGCUGCCUUCGCCAGCGCAUGGGAUAAAAGUAUGUUUAUAAAAAGUGACCAGGGCAUUCGAUGGGGCAAUGGCUUUGUCUAUGAUGGCCAACUGCUUCGACUUGCGGUGGAUCUGGCCAACCGUUUGCUCCCCGCAUUCUAUACAGAGACUGGCCUGCCUUACCCUCGGGUCAACCUACGCCACGGUAUCCCGUUCUACGAGAAUGCACCUCUAAAUUCCAACGUCCGAGAUGCUGAUGGCAAGCGCAAAUCCAAAAAUGCGGCAUCUGAGCCCGCUGAGACUUGUAGCGCCGGUGCAGGGAGCCUAGUCCUUGAACUGACCGUUUUGAGCCGACUCACUGGUGAUGGGCGCUAUGAAGACUUGGGUAAGAGGGCAUUUUGGGCAGUCUGGAACCGCCGGAGUGACAUCGGACUACUUGGGUUUGGCAUUGAUGUCGAGUCAGGAAAAUGGGUCGGACCAUGGGCCGGAAUCGGCGCCGGCAUUGACAGCUUCUACGAGUAUGCCGUCAAAGCUUAUAUUCUCCUGUCCGAGGGCGAGCGUCUGUCUUUCAACUCCAACAGCCCUUGGGCAGCAUUGGACUCAUACUAUGCUCCUCUAACGGACUACCAGCAUACCGCUGAGGCCUUCCGGCAAGUUUGGGAAGAAUCGCAUACCGCGAUCAAUCGCCACCUAUUCCGAGGCGAAGGUUAUCAACAUCCCCACCUUAUUGUAGGAGAUGUGAUCACCGGCGCCACACGAGCUUUCUGGAUCGAUAGCCUGAGCGCUUUCUAUCCGGGAGUUCUUGCCCUGGAUGGAAAGCUAGAUGAAGCUAUUCAGAUUCAUCUGCUGACUACAGCCAUCUGGACACGCUACUCGGGCAUCCCUGAGCGAUGGAACGUAGCUACUGGUGACAUCGACAACGGUAUGCCGUGGUAUGGAGGUCGGCCCGAGUUCAUCGAGUCCAACUACUACAUCUAUCGGGCAACUCAAGAUCCUUGGUAUCUCCAUGUCGGAGAGAUGGUUCUUAGCGACCUCAAGCGGCGUUGCUGGACCAAGUGUGGCUGGGCUGGCAUUCGAAAUGUUCUGACUGGCGAGCUCAUUGACCGGAUGGAGAGUUUCUUCAUUGGAGAGACUGCCAAAUACCUCUACCUGCUGUUUGACCAGGACCAUCCCUUGAACACCAUCGAUGCCCCCUGGGUUUUCAACACCGAAGGCCAUCCUCUCAUUAUCCCGAGAAAAAUGGCAUCCGCGCCUCGCCAGCAGCACACCCAGCCUCAGGGCCAGGACACUGCCGAGGGAGUAUGUCAAAUUAUUCCCUCUCCAUUCUUCGGCGUGUCUUCUACUGCGUCCCGCUCGGACAUCUUCCAUGCUGCCACCUUGGCACGUCUGGAUCUGAUGCCUGAUCGAGGGGCGGCCGCGAGUCCUAUUUUGGAAGACUCGCCGGGACAUCAAAGUGUGUUUGUGGCUGACCUUACAUCACCAACCAAUUACACAUUCUACCCGUGGACACUGCCACCUCAGCUGGUCCCAUUCGACGCCACCAGCGCACCCAUGGCCGUUCGUCCCACGCUCGAUAUCUCAUUCCCGUCACUCCCAGGCGGCGUAAACAUGGGACCUGGAGCGCUGGAACGUGUCCGAGGCGGGUUACUUGUAAAAACAAUUGGAGGACUCCGGUUGAGUAUGGUUCAGGAUGUACGGUUGGACACCCCAACGCCCACGGCUGGGGAGGAGGAAGACGGUUACCGGGUGCAGGUGAUCAACAAUGUGCCCUUAGGCAAAGAUGAGAAGGUAUACCUCUCUCGCCAAAUCACCUUUGAUGUCGUCGAUCCGUAUGAUCCGAACUUCACCCGUGUUCGCGACAAUGCCAUGCUUGACCUCGUCAUUGACGUUCUCCCAGAGCCCUCUCGCCGACGUAAUGAUUCGGCUCAUCCACGAGAUGAACAACCUCAACCAGAAAAUCCUCACCCGCCAGAGCCCCAUCUCGGAGGCCACAGCCCCGCCUCUUCUGUCGACGAUGCCGCAAUUGUUGACUCCCCGGACUCAACCGUAAGAGCCAUGCUAUCGUCUCUGGUGAACUCGGUAUCGUCUUUGCUUCACAGCGAACCGACCGAACCUGCUCCACUCAGGUUGAGUCUCCCGGCGGCUAUCUCUACCGGCAUUGGGGCCAGCCCGCUUCCGGAUAUUGAAGAUGCAGUCACUAUUUCUUUGGUCGGCAGCCCAUCUAAAGACCACCUGUCGUGGUCAAGUAUAUACUUCGCCGGCGAGCUCUGCGACGAGGGAAUCCUCCGCGAGGUCGCUCAUAGCCACGAAGUCCUUGUUAUCAAACGUGGCGGCUGUACCUUUUCGGAAAAGCUCCGCAAUAUCCCCGCAUACCGACCAACGCGAUCCGCGCUGAAGCUAAUUGUCGUCGUCUCAUACGAAGAUAUGCCACCACCCGACUUCCAUGGGCAGAAGAGAGAGUCAACGGGUCAACCCGGCUCUCGCUCUGCGCUCGCCGCCGUCCGUGCCGAGUCCACUCUCAUCCGUCCUUAUCUCGACGAAGCCCAAAUGACACCCAGCGGCAUUCCACGAAAUUACCUCAUCAGCAUGGUCAUGGUCGGUGGCGGAGAUGAAACAUACGAGCUCCUGCGCCAUGCAAGCGGCAUCGGAGUCAAGAGACGAUAUAGCAUGCGCUCUCGCGGCGUCCCAAUCACGAAUUUACACAUUGUUUGA